AUGGCUACUUCCACCGACGAUACCACGCCUCUUGACCCAGAUCGACAACAUGAAGGGAGCCCAGAUCAAUCAUAUCAGACAUUUAACCAGACGCAUUUAUUGUCGGGCACGCAGAGAUGCCCUUCAGUCAACGACGAGGAAGAAUCAAUCGAUUGCACCAGCACGAAAUACACCAGUGGAAAAUUAUUGGGUAGUGUUGGCAGCAUUAUCGUGGUUCUUUUAUUUGGUGAAUUCGUUUCUAAUGCGGACUCGACAAUUGUGAUGGCCGCCGCAGGUUCGAUUUCGUCUGGAUUCAACAGGUUACAGGAUGCAAGCUGGUUGGCUACGUCUUUUGCACUGGGUGCUGGCGCUGUACAGUUGAUUUACGGCAAACUCAGCAUUAUAUAUGGCCGCAAGCCGGUUCUUCUGGCGUCGUAUUUUCUUCUUGCGUUGGGUUGUGUUAUUUGUGGUAUCGCACCCACGAUGUCAAUUGUCAUCAUUGGGCGCGUUAUCAGUGGCAUGGGCGGGGCGGGAAUAAUGACCAUGGGCUCAAUAAUCAUCUUGGAUGUCGUUCCUAAAAGGGAUUUCGCCAGUUGGAGAGCAGUUGUCAAUAUUUCCAUGACCCUGGGCCGUAGCAUCGGCGGCCCUAUAGGAGGAUGGCUCACAGAUACCGUUGGAUGGCGAUGGGUUUUCCUUUCUCAAGCCCCUCUACUUGGAUUUGCCGCAAUUAUUGUGAUCAUUUUCCUAAGACUUGCACCCCGUUCAGACACCGUGGAAGGGGAUCUCCGACCCUCAGUUCGCCGAAUUGACAUCCUAGGAGCCAUACUCUUAGCCAGCAGUGUCGUUUCAUUUACCCUUCUCAUUGAUCGCGGCGGAAACGUCUUCGCCUGGUCGUCUAAAUAUGCUCUCAUGCUUGCAGUUUCCGGGCUUUCUUUUCUUGCAGCAUUCGCCUACUAUGAGAGCUAUAUGGCAUCAGAGCCAAUCUUCGGCUUACGAAUCCUUCGUCUUCCCAACGUUUCAAUGUGCUAUCUCAUCAGCGUCCUGCAGACUGCAGCUCAGUCAAGUAUGAUGUUUACUAUACCACUGUAUUUUCAGGUCACUGCGGACGCCCCAACGACCGUUGCUGGCGCACACCUUGUUCCAGCAGUACUGGGCAAUGCAAUCGGUGGGUUGGUAGCAGGAUGGUUCAUUCGACGUACCGGCUACUACAAGCUGGUACUUUUUGUGGCAGGAAUUGUGGCAUCUAUUACCUACCUUUUGCUCUAUUUGUUCUGGGACGGUAAUACCACACCGUGGCAGUCACUGUUCAUCGUUCCUAGUGGAAUAGGUACCGCAUUCGCAUCUGCUGCCUCGUUUGUUGCCAUGGCAGCUUUCUUGGAUCCCGAGGAGAUCAUAAUGGCAACUGGUGGAUAUGUGCUCCUGUUCAGCAUUGCAAUGACCGCUGGUGUAACUACUUCAAACUCAAUACUAAUGACUACAUUUAAAAAGCAGAUGCUGAAAGAUCUCAAAGUUCCAAAUGCAGAGGAGAUCAUCCGUGGCUCUUUAGCCAAUACUUACUACAUCUCGGGUCUUACGGGAGAGAUUCGACAUAUAGUUGUGAGGAGCUAUGUAGCCGGACUGCGACACACAUACCUUUUGUCGCUCGCCCUUUCACUUGGGGGAUCGGUCCUGGGCUUCACAAUUCGCAACCACAAGCUCUAA